AUGGACGCCAUGUUCACCUCCCUUGGGCUCCUCUACGCGUUCUGCGUCUCCGACUACCUCCCCUGGCUGCGCGGCCUCGACCUCGACGGACACGAGAAGAUGGUCAAGGAGGCCAACGCCACCAUCAACCGGCUGCACGACACGGUCAUCGACGAGCGCUGGAGGCGGUGGAAGUCCGGCGAGAGGAAAGACAUCGACGAUUUCUUGGACGUGCUCAUCACGCUCAAGGACUCUGACGGCAACCCGCUGCUCACCCUCGAGGAGGUCAAAGCGCAGUCCCAGGACAUAACAUUUGCGGCGGUGGACAACCCAUCGAAUGCCAUCGAGUGGGCCUUGGCAGAGAUGGCGAAUGCGCCAGAGGUGAUGGCAAAGGCAGUGGAAGAGAUGGACCGUGUGGUGGGUCGGGAGCGGCUGGUGCAGGAGUCUGACAUCCCACAGCUCAUCUACGCCAAGGCAUGUGUCCGUGAGGCAUUCCGGUUGCACCCCGUGGCACCCUUCAACGUGCCACAUGUUGCGCUCUCUGACACCACUGUCGCUGGCUACCGCGUGCCCAAGGGAAGCCAUGUUAUCCUCAGCCGCAUAGGGCUCGGUCGAAACCCUGCGGUUUGGGAUGAGCCGCUCCGCUUCAAGCCAGAGCGUCACAUCAAUAUGGCCGCUGGCAUUGAUGGUGGUGUGGCACUCACUGAGAAUGAGCUGAGGUUCAUCUCCUUUAGCACCGGCCGUCGCGGGUGUGUAGCUGCAUCGCUUGGGACGGCUAUGUGCAUAAUGCUCUUCAGCAGGCUCAUACAUGGGUUCACUUGGAGCAAGCCAACGGGCGUGGCAGCAAUCGAUCUCAGUGAGGCGAAGCACGACGUCUUUCUAGCCAAGUCGCUGGUGCUACAUGCUGAGUUGCGCCUGCCAGCAAACCUCUACCGUGCCACCACCAUCUAA